ACAAGCCCGUAAGAACCACGUUGACCCUUUGAAAUCAAGAGUGCCCGUAUUCCAGUUGAUAUCAACUAGCACAACUGAAGCGUCAGCAGCACUUUUUUUUGACUUGUCGGGUGGACAUACACCCGGCACAGCCAUGAUGUGGAACUCGUUACUUCUGUUUGCCUCGACCGUUUACAUCGGUAGAGCGUUUUGACGGUGGUAGGUUUACAUACUAAUUGGCUGAAGCGUGGCUCUAGUACUGAGUGUCUUUAAGAUUCUGUACGUAUCGGAAAAGAUGGAAGCGGAAACACGGGGGGUAGGCAGGAGGGUGGUAGACGAGGUCCGGCUCAUGAAUGGUCUGCGGGACGACUUGGCGUCUGCUAUGCAGGACAGGACAGCUCACCGUCUCAGGUUGAGGACGUCAUUUGAGGCACAUCAGUCCACACUAACGCUUAUCGAAGGAGAAAUAGCAACGAUAGGCUCUCAAGUGCUCAGCAGUUCUGAAGCACUUCGACAAGCGAACUUUCUUCUCGAAAAGCUCAGUGUUUCUGCCGUACACCUGCAAAAAACUAGUGAAAUUUUUGAUAGUCAACUCUCGAAAACAAAUCGGAAACUGGAGCAGGAUCAGAAAUGUUUCAAUGAGAUCCGUAAACAGCUUGACAGCUACAAGGACUCCUUCAGAUUGGUGGAGCAAGCGGAAGCUACCAAGGUAGCCGUAGUCGAAAUUCAGGCAAUCAAGACAUCUAAACAAGCACUGGAACGUGAACUAGAGGAAUGCAGAAGUCAAACAAAUGAGCUGGAACAAGAAAAAGAAAGACUUGAGCCGGAACUGGAACGGCAGCGCGCUUCCCUGGUUGCAGCAGCAGAGGCGCAUAGACUCCACCAAACAAGGAACAAAGAACUCUUGGAAGAGCUGCACAGGUUCAAAGAAGAAUACAUUGGUCUUCAGCAACGGCAGAAGAGUCUCGAAGAAAACUUUUCACGGCUUCAAGCGGAGAAGCUGGAGUUCGAGAAAAACGCAUCAGAGCUUAACGAGAAGACAGAUGCCGAAGUGUGUACAGCACAGACGGCCUUAUCAGAGGCAACCUUAAGAUUGCAUGAAACAGCAUCGGACAUCGAAGCAAAGCAAAACGAGCUUGCCAAAAUAGUGGAUCAACGAAAGCAACUGGAUGCUGAGAUGGUUGAGACGACUAGCAGGAUGUACUCUUCAAUCUCAAAGAUGAAUGAAUUGAGAGACAGGGACAACGAAAUUUCAGAGUCACGCAGUACAGUAGAGAAGGACAUCAAAGCUCGAAGACAUGAGCUUGCCCGUCUGAAGUCGGAAUCCAGUAUUAUUGAGGAAUCGAGUGAGGCCAAGGCGAAGCUGAAGACACUACGACAGGAGAUAACUAAAUUGGAAACAAAAUACCAUGAGAACGCGCAGAAGGAGAUCCUGCUGACUGAAAAAUGUAACAUCCUAAGGCAGGAGGCGUGCCAAGCUCAAGCGAGGAUUGAGCAGAGCAUUCUCAAAAAGAAAACAAUGUCGGACUUGGUGACUGCAAAAAAAAGCGAACUACACAGUCUCGAAUCUCUUGUGUCAGAAAUAACUCGUGGAUCAAAAAGACUUGCCGAGGUCAAUAAGCAAGUAACGGAAGCACAGGAGAGUGCGACAGUCUGGGAAACAAACGUGGAGGAAACAGGGGUUCUGCUCAGAGAGAAGCAUGAGGCUGUAGAGCUUUUGAAACUUAGGAAAGAGGAGUUGCGUGAUAUGCAGCACGUGGAAGAAGAAAGACUUGCGGGCCUGGAAAAGCAGAUAAAAGAGGUCAGGGAGCAAAUAAAAGAGGCUGAAGAGAGGGCGAAAACUGCUAAGGAGGAAGUGCAGACUGUGGACCCUAAUGCCGACGACACUGACAUCAUCGAGCUUGAGGCGAAAUUAGAGGCUGACUUAGAUUCAUUCAAAAAGGAUCUCGAGGCGCGCUACCAAGCUACAGUUGAGACAUUACGAGUUGAAUGUAAAGCUCGUUAUCAGUCCUUCCUUACUCGAUCGAUCGAGAGCGAGAAGGAACGACUCCAAGCGGAAUUCUCGAUCCAAGAGAAAGAACUAGAAGCGGAGGUCCUAUCAGUGGCAGAUAUGCGCCUGCAAGCCGGCCAGAAAAAGACACACUUGGAAGCUGAGCACGCGAAUCUGAACUUCGUUAUGUAGUUAACUGCCAGCUGAUGCGGACAUGUUGUCAAUGCUCAUCACUUCGACGUUGCUGUGGAAAAAAUACCUCAUUGACAGUUCCGAGACUCUAUCUUUUUUCAAAUGACAAAAUGAGCGAAGCCCAGUGGUAUUGGAUGCGAAAACUGUGACAUUCGGGCUUCAUAAAGCCGUUGGCAUUGUA